GUUCUAUCAUCUCAGAUAGUAGGAGGGCUUUACAGCUGGAUUCCCGAGGGAGCCCAUGCAUGUGUAUAUAUAUAUAUAUAUAACGUCUCUGGACAUGAUCUCAUCUUGUUAAAUCCCUUUGCCUCUCCUCAGCUCCAGGCACCUACAGCUGGCACAGCUCCCUGCCCAUUCACAGCUACACUUGCUGCUCUCGGGUGUGUUCCCUCUUGCUCUUCUCCACGCUGCAUUGAUAUCAAGCCAUUGAGAUACGUGCAACCUGGUCCUGGUAGCCUCAUGUAGACGUUGGAAGAUAACCAGAGGACAAUACUGAAGAGUUUGGUUUCAAUCAUGGAGACUGAGCAGGGGAACCAAUCAGCAACUGUCGCCCAGGCUGACAGCAAGGCAACCCAUGAAAAAUGGAAGAAAGGUGGCCGGCUAAUGUCUGGGCUAGUAGGCUCCAACGUAUUGCUGUUCAGCAGCACCUUGGUGACCUGUGUCUUCACCAAGGAGGUGGAAAUCUGGGAAACGGAUUUGCUAAUAUUUCUGGGCAUCGUGUUGAUUAUGUGCACGGCGUGGAUGAUCUUUCAGAUGUAUUUCUCUUGGAAGCACAAAAAUGCCAUUCUGUACAAGGACGGCCAUGCAGGGCCAAUCUGGAUGAGAGGAGGCAUUGUUCUCUUUGGAACCGGAACCCUCAUUAUGACCGUCUUACGGAUCGGCCAUGCAGUGGAAUAUCUCGACUGCGAGACCCCCAUGAAAAUCAUUCACCCCGUUAUACAGGCAGUGUUUAUAAUCACACAGACAUGCUUCCUUUGGGUCUCCUGCAAGCACUGUGUCCAGAUCUACAAGAACGCCACCAGGUGCGGCUUGAUGGUUCUGCUGUCCAUAAAUCUUACCCUGUGGGUGAUAGCAGUGACAGAAGAAGCUCGGCACCACACCAUUGAAAUUCAGCGAUACCUACAGAGCAAUGCCACCCUGAACAGCAGCAAAGAGUCAGAAGAGACAGAGGAGCCAUUUAGCCGAGAGGAUAUAGAUGAAUACAGUUGUAGCUGCCAGUCUGUCUGCAAGUUCUUACCCACUGAGUACUAUUACCUGUACCCUUUCAACAUUGAAUACAAUCUCUUUGCGGCAGCCAUGUUGUAUAUUAUGUGGAAGAACGUGGGCCGUCAGAUUGAUGACAGUGGUUCCCAGCGCUUUGGGUUGGGUCCUGGGGUGCGCAAACAUGUCCCCCUUUUUGGACUGGUUACCGGAGUGUCCGUUCUAGUCACUGGCCUAGUGAUGUUUAUACUGUACGAAGUGGGCAGAGAAAAACCUGCAAAUCGCUGGCUGUCCUUGACUACUUUUUAUAUUUUCCACGUGAUUUGCUUGGGCCUCAUGUGUCUGGCCAACUUGGCAGGCAUCAUCAUCUUUAAGCUGGACAAGAGGAGUAUGGACAAUGAGAAGAACCCCAGCCGUACCCUGGAUAUGGCUCUGCUGCUCGGUGCCACGCUGGCCCAGUAUGGAAUCUCCUACUACUCCAUCAUAGCCAUGAUUGCCACCCCGCCAUUUACUGUACUUAACUGCCUGACUCUGGUCUAUUCACUGCUAAUGAUUGUUCAACACUCCCUUCAGAAUGUUUUCAUCAUCAAGGGCCUAUACCGCCUCCCGCCCAUCUAUUCACAUAAACAAACUGACAACAACAAAUUGCCCAAGCACCAAGAAGCCAUCCAGCAAGGCCCUACUCAGGAGGUGGACGGCCCACACUAUGUUACUUCUGUUCUCCAACCUCAAGACCAUCCUCCGGUUCCAAGAAUGUCCAGAAGAGCCACACUGGCAGCUCAGCUCAAGACACAUCUAAAAAAGAGAAAAAUAAUGAAGGACAUUUACCUCUUCCUCUUCCUCAGUAACAUCAUUUUCUGGAUCAUGCCUGCGUUCGGGGCCCGGAUCAUGUUUGACACGGGGAUGGAAGUGAGGUUUUAUGGCUUUACUAUCUGGGUCGUGAUCACCAACAUCUGCCUGCCUUUUGGAAUCUUCUACAGAAUGCACGCGGCAGCCAGCCUGUUGGAGCUAUACAGCAUGUCCUAAAGGUGGGUCAGAACCCCAGCCCAUAAACCAACCCUCAGAAAGACUUGGCGCCGAGACUUCCAAAUGGUAAGCACCUCCCAGAGAAAGAGAUUUGGGAAGUCGGACAGAUCGAACACUGAAUGGACAGACAGAAUGGACUGAAUGGAGAGACAAGUUUAAGACUUUCAGUUAGGACCAAUGGUGUCAAGAUCAAGGAAAGGCGCUCGUUGCUUUGUUUACGUUUACAACUGGACAUUUUCUAGGCGGCUUCAUGUAGAGAACGUUUUGGCAAAAUCCUUGGUGCUUGAGGAGGCAACAUGAAGAUCUUCAAGGAAGAAGAGGACUAUGGGAAGAAGGUGAGGUGCCACCAAACUAUGGGGAAUGCAUCCCCGCUGUUCUUCCCUUUACUCCAUUGUGCAUCAUUCCCAACAUCUUGCCCCACGAACACUGGAAAAUGUAUCAGUCCUAGUGGGCGCCCUGAUCUGCCAUCAUUUUUGGUAGGAGGGAAUAACGUAGGAAGGGUGCCCAUGACCUAUUUCUGAUUGAUAAACGUUAUGGCUCGCUGGCUGGGGCUGAUCUACAAUUCCCAACUGCCCAAAAAACCCAACGGCUGGCAAAGCAUGCUGGAUAUUGUAAAGUGGCAACAGCUAGAGAUCCAUUGGCUGCUGUUCUGUAAUUCAACCAAUCACGUUUAACUCAAAUUGUUGUUUAGUUAAUUGAAUACUGUUCCUAAUGCUAAUGCUUAUGUUAUGCAUAAAGUUUCUAUUUUGUAAUAUGUAAUGAUUGGUCGAAUACCAGUGUUGGAGAAAAACAAUUUCAUUUUUUAAA